GCUACUUUUUUAUUUUCUUCCUUUCUCUCCAAUGAUCUUAUCUCUCUUUCUUUCUUCUUCUUCAACAUUUUUAGUAAAAACUAAGAAUACCCACAAAGCAGAAAACAAUUUCUGUCAUGUCACUUCUCAUUCUCUGCUGCAACUUUCUUGAAAUCAAUAAAGGGUUCUUCCAAAAAGUUGAAUUUUGCUAGAGUUCAAGAAGCUUUGCAGUUCUUCUGAUUAUUUCUCGAAGUGCAAUUAAACUGAAAUUCCGUAGGUGAAUCAAUUAACGGCGACCAUACAUUGAUUUAACAGUCCUUGUUGUUUCACCAAAGUCUAAAUCCAUACCCGGCUAAUCUCCAAGCAACAUGAAGCCUCGAAAUUUCAAUCUUGAAUCAGAAGAUGAGUCCGAGGUCAGUAACCACCAAGUGGGUUCAAACAUAUCCGUCCAAGAAAUUCGUCCUGGUCCUUCCCUUAAUCUUCAGCAGGAAUCUGUUCCUGUUACUCUUGACUUGACUCUUGGCUUCAACAGCAGUGACACCGAGUUGAAAGCCAAUGGAGAGGCGAGUGACGAAGUAGUACCCCAUCCUCCAACGGCAGCGCUAUCCAGAAUUUUCUCGUGCAAUUUCUGCAGGCGCAAGUUUUACAGCUCCCAGGCGUUGGGCGGACACCAGAACGCACAUAAGAGGGAGAGGACUUUAGCUAAGAGGGCAAUGAGGAUGGGAAUGUUAUCAGACAGGUACGCUAGCUUAGCAUCAUUGCCCCUUCACGGGGCUGCAUUUCGAUCUCUUGGUGUUGAAGCUCAUGCUUCCGCACACCAACGCGUCUCACACCAAGAAAUGCCUAUUCAUGCAAUUAGAAGCGGGGCGAGAUUUGAACACGGCUAUUUCGGGAUGCCAGUUUUCGUCGAGGAUGAUGAAGUGGAGAUGUUCUGGCCUGGUAGCUUCAGGCAAAUAGAGGGAAUUGGUGGCAAUAUGGGGUUUAAUUCAGUGCAAAGUUCAAGCAUAAAUUUUGUAGCUGUAUCUCCUCAAACUAGGACAGAUCCAACAUUGCCUGAUCUUAAUUUGAAACUCUGAUGGUCUUUUUUGUUUUUUGCAUUCUAUUCUACUUUUUGUAUCAGAAUUUUCAUAAUUGUGGUAUUACAUUAGUGCUCUAUUUGUACAGGAGGUGAAU